AUGCAAAAUCUAUCACACCCCGAACAAUUCAUCUGGGGUAAUACUCGUCGUAAGACUUGCGAUGAAUGCAAAAAAAAUCGUGACCGAAGAAAACAGGAUCUCGACUUCCUUGAUUUGGGAGAUUUCAUCGAAAAUGAAAAACGAAAUCUGACAGCUGAUACAAGCACCAACGGAGUUGCCGAUAUAGCUUAUCAUACACAUCUGUUGGUACAUAUGAAUACUGAUACCCAGAAUAUAACACCAAAAGAAGCUGCUAACCUAAUUAUAACUGAAAUAGAAAGCAGAGACGAUUACUCUUGGAAGUAUGUAUAA